AUGGCUCGAGUGACCGUGGUGACAGCUGGAGGUACUAUUGUGGCAGAGAACCACAAGCUUGAGCCAGAUGAUACUUUCAGUGAGUUGCUGGAGAUGGGAAUCUUGAAAAUCCCACACGAUCCAGACACCAUUCUAAGGUUCCAGCUAUUGUCUCCCAGUGGUGAAAUCCUGAAGAAGGAGACCCGGGUUGCGUCCAGAGUGAAUGAUGGCGACACCUUGACCUUUAUCAUGGUGGCGAGAGAUCCCCGUGCCCAUGCCUGGAUCCCACGAGUGAACUCAGAUCCUGACUGCUUGAAAUGUGCCCCAGAAUAUGCGCGGUCAGAUCGUUUCGUGGUCAUGGAAGCCGUCGCAAAGGAUGGACAGGCCCUAGGCUACGCAGUGCCUGAACUUCGUGCAGACAAGGAGGUGGUCUCCAGGGCCGUGUCACAGGAUGGCCGCUCUUUGCAAUUUGCUUCUCCAGAGCUGCGGGACGACAAGGAGGUGGCGUUGAAAGCGGUGCUGAACCAGGGCCGGGCCUUGGAGUUUGCCUCGGAGCGGCUCCGAGGGGACUUCGAAAUGGUCCUUUGUGCCUGCACGAAUGAAGGGAACUCCCUGGAGUUUGCCACCAAAGAAUGGCAGAAACACCAAAAGAUUGUUCUCUUGGCCGUUGAUCGUCCGUAUCAACAGGCAAAGAUACUUGGCAAAAUCGAAGAUGGAGGGCAUUGGGACAGCUCACACUGCUGCUUUGGUUCAGUUUCUGAUCAAAACUUGCCCGAGGAAUGGAAAUCGGAAUAUGCAGCCGAUCCAGUUUGCUGCAGAAGAACUGCGGUCAAACUAUGA